UAAAACACUUUUUCAAACCGUAAAAAACAAUGGACCAACUGAGACAGAUUCUCGGUUCGUCUUUCUUGCAGAACCACCACCACCUCUCCGCCCUGGUGGUUUGCCUUUUUUUGCCCCUUCUUCUGUGUGUUGUUUACAUCAUGAAACCGAGAGAAAAGCUCAAUCUCCCUCCUUCUCCUCCGAAGCUUCCUAUAAUUGGAAACCUCCACCAGUUUGGCACCUUGCCUCACCGCUCUCUGGCUGCCUUAUCCCAAAAGUAUGGGGGACUCAUGCUUCUGCAGCUGGGGAGCUUCAAAACUCUGUUUGUGUCGUCAGCAGAAGCCGUGGAAGAGAUAAUGAAGAAACACGAUGUUGUCUUCUCCAAUAGACCUUACCUGAAGGGACAGAGCGACUUCAUGUACGGAGGGCAUGAUGUCGUUUUUUCACCCUACGGUGAUUACUGGAGACAGGCCAAGAAGAUCUGUGUCAUGCAACUUCUUAGCCAGAAGAUGGUCAGAGAGUUACACCCAGUACGAGCACAAGUGGUCAAGGAGAUGCUCAAAAAGAUCGAGAGGUGCCGUGUUCGGGGAUCUCCGGUUGAUUUCAACGAAUUGUUCUAUGUGACGGCGAAUGAAAUGAUAUGGAGAUCGGCAACAGGGGGUGGUGGAGAGUUCAGUGAGCCCUACAUGAAGAUCGUGAGAGAAGCUCAGAGGCUUGCAGGCCUCAUGAGCUUUACGAGUAUGUUUUCCUACCUGCAGUGGAUUGACAAUCUCACUGGAUUCAAAGCCUCGAUGAAAAGGGUUUGUGAGAAUUUGGACCAGCUUAUGAAUCGAUUGAUCGAGCAUGGAAGAAGGAACAAUGGUGGUAACAAGGGUUUUGUGAGCAUUCUUCUUCAUCUUCAGAGGGAAGGGAAGCUUGACAUCGCACUUGGCGAGAAGGACGUCAAAGGAAUUCUACAGAGCUUAUUCACGGGAGCAACAGACACGGUCCCAUCGACGUUGGAGUGGAUAAUGGCGGAGAUAGUUCAGAAGCCAAAAGUGACGCGCAAAGUACAAGAAGAGAUCACAAGUGUAGUGGGAGACAGAGAAGAGAUCAGAGAAUCAGACAUAGAACAGCUUCAUUAUCUGAAACUGGUUGUGAAAGAAGCGCUGAGAAUACACGCCUUCGGCCUGUUUCCCCGGGAGACAUCGGAAGCCGUGAGAUUGUGCGGCUACGACGUGCCUUCCAAAACGAGGGUUAUGAUUAACAACUGGGCGGUUCAACACGAUCCCACGAUCUGGGAGAACCCACUUCAGUUUCUUCCAGAGAGAUUCGAAGAGCCCCUUCACAACUCCUCCAAGUACAUCCCCUUCGGGUUUGGUCGGAAGACCUGUCCUGGUGCUGCCUACGCUGUUUCCUUUGCCGAGAAUGUUAUCGCUAAUCUUCUCCAUCGCUACGACUGGACUUUGCCCGGUGGUCUUGAUCCCUCCAACCUCGACUUGUCCGAGAAAUUCGCCGUCGCCAUUUACAAGAAGGACCCUCUUAAACUCGUCCCUGUUCUACGCCAUCCUCCCCCAUGCUCUGGAACUAUUCCGUGAACACAUACAUGUCAAUGCAAUAUAUGUCUUUUAACGAGAGCUUGCAAGUUUAAGAAUUUUUAUAAAAUAUUUUUGCAAAUUCAGAGUUUUUUAA